AUGUCGGACACAGUAAUCCAACUUGAUGUUAAGGACGUUAUUAACCAAUCCGACGUUGUUCUUGAAGUCUUAGAUGCUCGUGAUCCUAUGGGCACUAGAUGUUUAGAGAUAGAGAAGAUGGUUGCGAAUGAAAACAAGCGUCUUGUACUACUUGUCAACAAAAUAGAUCUUGUUCCCCGGCCCAAUCUUGAUGCCUGGUUAAAUUAUCUGCGACGUUCUCAUACAGUUAUACCAUUUAAAGCCAAUAUACAACGUCAGAGUAACAAUUUAUCCUCUGGAAGGCCUUAUGUUGACAAGCAUGGGAAGAUGCCCUCCAAAGGCUAUGGAACUUCUGACUUACUGUCUUUGCUUGCAAACUACUCACGAGAUCCAAGUUCUGAACUGUCUGACAAAGAGAGUCGGCUGAGUUUGACAGUCGGAGUUGUUGGUUUACCUAAUACGGGCAAAAGUGCUCUCAUAAAUACACUAAAGCGGCAAAAAGUGUGUGUUAGUGGUAACGUUCCUGGUCUAACUCGCCACUCACAGCGUGUCAGAAUUGAUAAAAACCUCUACCUACUUGAUACUCCAGGAACUUUGGUUUCGAAAACGUCUGAUACUUCAGAUCUUGUUUUGAAAAAUUGUGUUAAGCCUGAACUACUUCCUGAUCCUGUCCCAGCUGUCGAAGCGAUAUUACGUCGUUGUUCAAAAGACCAACUGAUGUCUAAAUAUAAUAUUGAGGAUUAUGGUGAUGUUUCCGAUUUUCUAGUAAAGUUAGCACGCCGUAUGGGUCGGAUGAAAAAAGGUGGUGUUCCGGAUAUUGUUAUGAGUGCACGUGGUUUAAUCAAUGAUUGGAUUACUGGAAAGGUCACUUACUACACGGAGCCUCCAUGUGAAGACAAUGCGGUCGAAAGUAAUUCUGACUUAUUAUCUAAAUGCCAGCCAAUGGAAGUUACCGACGUAUAA